AUGAAAAUCCACACUGAAGAGAAGCCGUACACAUGUGAUCAGUGUGGGAAGAGUUUCACACAAAAAGGAUACCUUGAUGCACACCUAAAAACCCACAAUGGAGAGAAGCCGUACACAUGUGAUCAGUGUGGGAAGAGUUUCAUACAAAAAGGAGCCCUUAAUGUACACAUGAGGAUCCACACUGGAGAGAAGCCGUACACAUGUAAUCAGUGUGGGAAGAGUUUCAGGAAAUGUGAUGUUUUUAAAAAACAUCUGCUUACUCAUUCUAGAGAGAGACUAGAAAACUGUGACCAAAGCAGUGGAACAUUUCUAAAGGACCGUCUGAAAGCUCAUAUGAAGGAGAAGCCUUACAUAUGUUAUUUAUGUGGAAAUAGUUUUAGUCAGGUGGUUGCAUUAAAGAUACACCAGAAAAGACACAGCGGUGUGAAGGUUCAUGCUUGCUCUAAGUGUGGGAAGACUUUUUUUACAUAUGGUGCGAUGAAAGUGCACCAGACAGUUCACACUACAGAAACACCUUACAAGUGCUCACACUGUGACAAGAGCUUCAAACGGUCAGACUACCUGAGAAUACAUGAGAGGAUCCACACUGGAGAGAAGCCGUAUGCAUGCGAUCAAUGUGGGAAGAGCUUCAGACUAAAAGAAAUGCUUAAUCGACACAUGGAUAUCCACAAUGGAGAGAAGCCACACACAUGUGAUCAAUGUGGAAAGAAUUUCAGACAAAAAAGGAACCUUAUCAAACACAUGAAAAGACACACUGGAGAGAAGCAACACACAUGUGAUCAGUGCGGGAAGGGUUUCUUAGACAAAGGAAACCUUAAAGACCACAUGAAUAUCCACACUGGAGAAAAGCCAUACUCAUGUGAUCAGUGUGGCAGGAGUUUCGCACAUAAAGGAAACCUUAUCAAACACAUGAAAAGACACACUGGGGAGAAGCCACACACAUGUGAUCAGUGCGGGAAGAGUUUUGCAGAAAAGGGAACCCUUAAUGAUCACAUGAGGAUCCACACUGGAGAGAAACCAUACACAUGUGAUCAGUGUGGGAGGAGUUUCACACAAAGAGGAAACCUUAUUGCACACAAGAAAACCCACACUGGAGAGAAACCAUACACAUGUGAUCAGUGUGGGAGGAGUUUCACACAAAGAGGAAACCUUAUUGCACACAAGAAAACCCACACUGGAGAGAAACCAUACACAUGUGAUCAGUGUGGGAGGAGUUUCACACAAAGAGGAAACCUUAUUGCACACAAGAAAACCCACACUGGAGAGAAACCAUACACAUGUGAUCAGUGUGGGAGGAGUUUCACACAAAGAGGAAACCUUAUUGCACACAAGAAAACCCACAGUGGAGAGAAGCCAUAUACCUGUGAUCAGUGUGGGAAGAAUUUCAAAAGAAAAGAAAGCCUUCAUGAUCACAUGAGGAUCCACACUGGAGAGAAGCCGUACAACUGCCAUUCAUGUGGGAAGAGAUUCACUCAAUUAUAUUCUUUAAUCUGUCAUAAAUUACAUGUCUGCAUGUCUGAAAUUACAGUAAGUAGAUGAAGUUCUGAUCCUGUACUUCCAGGUGCUAGGUAGGGCUGCAUCAAGUAAUUAUUUUGCUAAUCGAUUAAUCAGAGAUUAUUAGAAUGAUUAAUCAACUAUUCGUUGAUUAUUUCACAGAUUAAUCAGGAUCUUUAUUAAUUAUUUGGCUUGUGGAGUUUGUUAAAAUGCUGAGUUACACCCAUUCUAACUAAUAAAUAAAACAAGGAAAUCACUU